GCUCCCGAGGGUUGGCAGCUCCAGGCUGCGGGACGUUUCUCUGGGGAGGUCCGGCAGAGCCGAGCCGAGCCGUGCGGGGCCAGCCGGACAUGCUGACCUGGCCCGGCUGAGGCAGCCCCAGCCCCGCUGCCGGGAAUCGCAGCGUGUCCCGGGCUGGAAGCGAGCCGCGAGGAGCAUCAGCCCAGCCCGAGCCCCGGCACGGCGCCCACCCGGCAUGGAGCCCGCUCCCGAGGGGAAGAGGAAUAGUUUCCCCAGCAUGAACUUUGAAGCAGAGAUUCUGACAACACCACACGAUAAUUCAGAGCUCUACAUGAUCCCUUCCAUGAGGAGCCUCACGGCUGAGGAGUAUGUGGAGGCCUUUAAGUCAUUCUUGGAGCACUCAACAGAGCACCAGUGCAUGGAUGAGUUCAACAAGGAACAAAUGCCCACCAUCGUGGCUGGUCUGGGUGCUGGAAAAUCGACCCUCAGCGUUCUGGGAGUUGGGAGUGGCACAGGUGAGCAGGAUUUGAAAAUGAUCAGGAUACUGCAGGCUGUGCACCCAGGGGUCUUUAUUGACAAUGAGAUUGUGGAGCCCAACCCACAGCACGUGGCAGCUUACAAAGAGCUGGUGAAUCAAGCCCCAGACCUGCAGAAUGUUUCUUUUAUUUGGCACCAGCUCACUUCCUUGGAGUAUGAACAGCAGGUGAAGGAGAGAGGCACACAUAAGAAAUUUGACUUCAUCCAUAUGAUCCAGAUGCUGUAUCGUGUGGAGGAUAUUCCCAGUACUAUAAAGUUUUUCCACAGCUGCCUCGACCAUCAUGGUAAACUCCUGAUCAUAAUUUUAUCAGACACCAGCGGCUGGGCCAGCCUGUGGAGGAAGCACAGGGACUGCCUGCCCGCCACCGACAGCGGCCACUACAUCACCUGCAGCGGCAUCACGGAGGUGCUGCAGAGGCUGGGGGUGCAGCACCGCGUCUACGAGCUGCCGUCGGGCUGGGACAUCACCGAGUGCUUCACCGAGGGCGACGCGGUGGGCGGCCGCAUGCUGGAUUUCCUGACGGGCACCAAGAACUUCCUGGGCACGGCCCCGGCGGCGCUGCGGCGGCGGCUGCGGGAGGCCCUGUGCCAGCCCGAGUGCAGCAGCACCAGGGACGGCAGGGUCAUCUUCAGCAACAACCUCAGCAUGAUCGUCGUGGACUCCUAGAGCCCGCAACCCAC